UUUCGCUGUGCCUCCUCCUCCCCCCUCUAGCGACGCUCCGUCCCGCAGCUGACAUGGAACGGAGCGCGUGUGUACAGUUGAGUUGGUGUGUAUAGCAGCUCGCAGUGCGAGGAGGAGGGUUGAGCCCACCGGGGUCCCCGAUUCGAGUGAGCGGAGUCCAGAUUAAAGGGGUCAGCGGCCCGCCCCCUCUUCUCGCCUCGCAGCGGCGGCUCGAUUGCCGGAGAGAGUGGGCCGGAUCCGACCCUGGCCCACCGUCCAGGCGCACACCACACUGUUCGUCGAGAGCCCAACUCCACCAAGCAGUGCGUUGACCAGCCGCCGGAGAGGCUACAGUACCUGGAACCUUCUUCAUCGUCCGCAGCCAUGCUGGCACCAAGCAAGAUAUGCAGAUGGCUCCUGCUGUGUCUGGCGAUCUUGGAGGCUCAGUGCCAACCACCAGAACGACAACAUCAAACCACAACCACAAGAACGACACCAUCGUUCAAGCUGUACCGCAACAGAACUCGAACAUUCAAUCACAGCAUACUGGCCGUCCGUAGGAAGCCGCUGUUCGGCAGCCGCAGGCUGAAGACGAAGCUAGAGAACACGGCCCCCACGAGCACUGAGAGCCUGCAGAACGUCGUUCCAGAUUAUAAAAAGUUGCCACUCGAAGUAAAAGACGACGCUGAUCCCACGACAACUUUAUUCCCGCCACCACCCGUGUUGCGCCCAUCGCCUGUAGAGAGCGCAGCCAACGCUCCGCAAGUGGUGCCCACAGAGCCGACUUUCAACCCCGACUCUUUCUUCACGACGCGGAAGAAGAAUCCAGUGGUGGUAGUAAGAAGGUUUCCCAAGGGACCUGGCCAAGGAGAGCGGGAUACCAUACGACCAAACGUCGAGCCCCCCUCGAAUGAAGCAGGUGGCAACGCGCAACCCGGACUGUUGCCUAUCGGCAACUUUCACAGACCCCUCCCGAGGCCCGGCUACGGUUAUCAACCCCCUCAGCCGGUCUUCGGAGGAUCAAUUCCACUGGACCCUCUCAGUGCCGGUGGAAUUCCAAGAUUCUUCACACAAAGAGACAUCGAUUUUGUCGCUCAGGCCUUUCGAAAUGCCGCUGGUAAUGAGAGCAUACCACCUCUAAACAUUGCAGCAUUCAAUGUCCCUUCUGCUAAUCAGACUCAGAAGCAGGAACAGGCUCAAGGCAGCAUUAUUGGCAUUGAAAACCACAAACAAAAUCAGCCAAAAUUGCGAGUCCCUGAGAACGUCCUGAGGCAAGGUUUAGCAGACAGUUUGAACAAUGGUUACCCGAACCAGCAGAGACCUCCUCUUGAUGGUUCGCAGCAGGCACUUCCCCUAAAUGCCCACCAACGUCCACAACUAGGCCCCGAUGGACGUCCCCUUGUGUUCCAGGUACCGAAUGAAGCGUACCAAGUCACCUAUCAACCGCAAGCUGGGCCUUAUCCUAACAACGUACAACCUCAGCUGUACCCGAACGUUGUUCAAAAUGGUGGCUACCCUCAAGGACAGGGUGAAGAUCAGGUGUACAGUUUGGACCCUAGACUUUUCAGGCCAAGCUACCCCAUCGUUCAAGGUGGGCUACAAGUUCCUCAACGCAAGCAGCAGCCAUUCAAUCCGUCACUUCAACAUGUGACGACGUCAAGGCCCGGCCAGCAGACACUGCGCCCUCCGCUCGAGCAGGGAAGGGUUAACUCUGGUAUUGUCUACCAGAACUACUUGCCCAUACAGAACAUUAACCCCAUCUCUGGGUUCUCCCCUAGUGGGACAGGGAACUUACAAGGUGGCGGGUACUCCCCCAAUGGAGCGGUACCACGGGGAUUCCGCUUCAUCCCCAUUCCCAGCAACGACAGAGUCGUCGCUCUUCCAGACAUGUUCUCGAACAGCUUUACGCCGAAUCAGCUGGUCGAAAUCAGGGACGGCCGUGCCAUUCCUGUUCAGCCCGUGUAUUCCGUGUACCCAGGAAGGAACAUGAUCGGCUACCCACCACCCGCGUCUGCAAAGGGGACUGCUGAGCGACCACCGGCGGGAGGCGUGGUGCGUAGGCCGUUGUAUCAGGGCGGGUACGGUGGCGUAUUGGACAUCCCGCCGCAAGCACCUCAGAAGAGAACAGGUUUCAUCGAUGGCCGAGAACCGGAUGUCCCAUACUCAGCUGCUGCGCACGACGUGAUGUACACCUACAGACCGGACACGCUUCCUGGCUGCACCAACGGAAGCAAGGAGGCCAUCUACUGUCUCCGGGACGAUGAGUAUCCGCGGGCGGCUCUGCAUUUGUCCGUGGACCUGGAGCAAAACACGAUGCAGAGGCUGCUGCCGGAGACUCCCGAGGGCAACGCGGCAGCCGCCCUGUUUGUCGACGGCUUGGUGCCUCUCAAGGAAUCCCCGGCUGCACGCGACAACAACGGCGAGCAAGCGUCGGGAAGUGGUGAAAACGGCACAGUCGCCGAGUUGUCGUCCCUGAGGGACGACGGCAGCAUGUUCGCAUGCACGUCUCGCGUGACGCACGCUCGACCACUGCGGGCCCGUACCGUGCAAGGCCUCUGGAAGGUGGUGGUCAACAUGCACAGUCCGCAUGGUCGCGGAGCCUUCCAGCAGAUAGUGCGCACCGAAGAGUGCAUGGAACCUGGCGGUGGCUGCAGCAACCUGGUGCAAUCGUCUCGGUGCGUACAGAAGUACAAUCUGCAUCGGCUGGUGGUGUGGACGCGCCAGGAGGGCAUCCACAUGGACACCUUCCGGCUGCCGGUAGCUUGCUCCUGUUACGUGGGGAAAGCCGACAGGAAGGAGACGCAGCUGCUUCGAGGCCCCGGCAGGACCUAGCAAGAACCACCAUGCCCUUCAGUACACUGCGUUGGUCACAACUGGUGCCGCACGGACGAUGCGUGUCUACCAGCCUCUGUUUUGCAAAUGAGUGCGUGACGACGUCCUGAAGUGCGUCGCCAUUUCACGUCGAAGCCUGCGCUGCAGAAUACGAGACAAUUAUUUUCUGUGAAAACCGGACACUGAGUGCGGCCGGCAUAAUGCUCUUCUUGUUUUCUACGUUAUCUUUUUUUUUUCUACGGAUGUGGGCGUAGAACUUGAUACAGCGUUGGUUGACAACGUUCCGAACAUGCAGACUCUAGGGGAGAGCCAGGCAUAAUACGUUUAAUGUUUGAGUGCUGUUAUUGCUUUUCCAAGACACGGCUAAAGAUUGGCCGUCCCACUUUAACCCUUCUUGUCGCGACGGUCUGUCGCGGUGCACGAGAUGUGACAACUGUGUUUCAUUUGACCAUCCACUUGGAGAGGAAGUCCUUGUAUAACACCAUGUGUGUAUUUUCUUAGAGCUCUUAUUGCAACAUCGCGGCACGCAACGCUCGUACACCAGACGUUUUACAAUUCUUGACUUGUUCGUAGCAGCGAGAACAUAGCCAAGCUUCUGUGAGCAUUUUUUGGUGGAUAUCUAGGAUUCGUUCACCCAUGCGAUGAUCAGACAUCGGGCCGUUUUAACGUAUCCGGAGGUGUAAAAGAAAAAAAAACAAAGGCUUAAUGCUGCUAGCGUAACUGUUUCGAGUGCAAUAUUGAAAAUCAAUAUAAAAAAAAGUUGGACAGCAUUCAAUAAUACAUUUACCCGCAACGUGACGAGAAUAUAAUUAUUUGCUAAGUAAAACACUUCACGAAUUGGUCUAUUUUGAACUUCCUUGCGACUGUCAUGUAUACAUUGACUGACUCGUUAGUUCUUUCCAUCUCAUCAUAAUAUUGCGAUAUACUUAGUUGAUGUUUUCUGUAUAUUACUCUCGCGAGAUGAGAGGGCAAAACUGGUAAAUUUGUUGUUGUUUUUUUUUCUUUUCUGCACACGCCCAAAUUGUGCGGUGUUCACUUCAAUAGUUUUUUUUUUCUUUUUUUUCUGUCGCGCCAUCUGACAGUUUUCAACAGUUCAAAACUGACGGGGAAGCCCUGUCGCAUAUAUAUUCAAUUUAAUCAACUUUAUUAUCCACUUAACAGCAUUCCAUUGCUGCUUCGUGCUUUUUUUUUCUCUUGUUUGUUUGCGUGCCGCCGCUGCUUCGACGUGCGCGCAUCCAAAUGCCUGAGCGGAGGCAUCUCUACUUUCAUGGCGAUAAAUUAAAAGGCAAAUGUCAACUUCGCCACAGCUGGUUUUUUGUGCGUUAUGUUAAGAUGUUUUGUUUGCAAUUUAUACUGCGUGUCGUCUCGCGAAAGUUGGCGAGAAAUAAAAUCCACACGUGUUCUUCAGAA